AUGAAGCUCGCCGUGUUUAGCUCCAAGCCUUACGACAAACGCUACAUUGAGGCGGCUCGUAGCGCUGCGGCUGCCAGAGGUGCUGCGUCUCCUGCGGCUCGCCCUGCGUCUGCGGAUAUCGACAUUGUUUUUCAUGAGUUUGCGUUGGAGGAAGACACGGUGAUUCUUGCAAAGGGCGCUGAUGCCAUUUGUGCCUUUGUCAAUGACUCUCUUUCGGCGCCUGUGAUUGAGGCGCUGGCGCGGGAGGGCAUCAAGGCGAUUCUGUUGCGCUGCGCCGGCUUCAACCACGUCGAUCUUGUGGCGGCUGAGAAGGCUGGAAUCAUGGUUGCCAAUGUGCCGUCGUAUUCGCCAGAGGCGGUGGCAGAGUUUGCGGUUGCAUUGAUUCAGACGCUGAAUCGAAAGACUCAUCGUGCGUAUAAUCGGGCGCGAGAGGGGAAUUUCGCUUUGGAUGGGCUGAUGGGACAGACACUGUUUGGGAAGACGGUCGGGUUUAUUGGGACAGGCAAGAUUGGGGUGGCGACGGCGAAGAUUAUGAAGGGGUUUGGGUGUCGGAUUUUGGCGUAUGAUCCGUUUCCCACGCCGGCGUUUGAGGGCAUUGGGGAGUAUAAAGGUCUUGAUGAGGUUCUUGCCGAGUCGAAUAUUAUAAGCUUGCACUGUCCUCUGAUGGAUAGCACGAGGAGGAUUAUCAACGAAGAGGCAAUCGCCAAGAUGAAGCCCGGCGCGUUGCUGAUCAACACUUCUCGAGGCGGCCUUGUCGAUACAAAGGCUGUGAUUCGGGCUCUCAAGGCACAGCAUCUAGGCGGCGUGGCGCUGGACGUGUACGAAGGCGAAGGCUCGCUGUUUUACGACGACCACUCGGGGGAGAUUAUCCACGACGAUGUGUUGAUGCGGCUGAUGACGUUCCACAAUGUGAUUGUGACGGGGCACCAGGCGUUUUUCACGGAGGAGGCAUUGAUGGAGAUUGCGGAUUGCACGUUGAGGAAUAUCGAUGAGUUUGUGGUGACGGGGACGUGUAAGAAUUCGUUGACGAAGGAUUUGAAGUUGGUGAAGCGGGAUUCGUUGCCAGUUCGGGGUGUAUGAUUGGUUUCUUCUAUUAUACUGGAGACGUAUUUGUUAGCAGAUGCCAGUGUUGAGUAUUGAUAGCUUUUGCGUACUUUUGGUGGUGAUGUUGAGGCUUGUGGGAUGAAUCAUAGUAAAAGGGGUGGGGAUAACCUUGGCCAUUUUGUUUCUAUUGGAACAGGUCAAGUUUUAUCAGCUUGGUAAUUCGAAUAUUUGAGCUUAAUCAACAAUAUUAAUACUG